UUUCAUGGGUAUAGUAUGGAAAACCGGUCUAAGGUGACCAAGGCCCCCUGGAAUUUGAGUCGGCCUGUUAACGUCAUUGUACCCCGUCUUUCCGUGUUUCCUAUCCAGAACCACGGCCGUCUUCGCAUGCAGCCAGAGAAGAUCACAUUCAAGGCCAGCCGAAGUGGCAAGAUUGAACAGUUCAGCCCAGAUGGGCUUAAGUCAGUCAACUGGACGCGUGCGCCGAAGGGCUGGGAGCUGUCACUAGUCGCCAAGUCGGGCUCCUGCACUCGGCUACAGGGCUUCAAAGAGACCGAAAGCCAGCGGUUACAAGGCAAGAUUAGCAAAUGGUACAAGCUGCCGUGGAGCGUAGUGGAGCGGUCUGUUCGCGGCCUUAGCUAUGGGAAAACCGACUUUUGCGGCUCAUCGUUGAAGUUUGUCAUCGACGACAAGCCAUCGUUUGAGUUGCCCCUGGAGAGUGUGUGCCAGACGUCCAUCACCAAGAACGAGGUACACUUGGAGUUCCAUCCGAACGACGAAGCGGACGUUCAGCUCUCUGAAAUGAGAUUCUACGUGCCACCGUCUCUCACGUCCGCUGUCGGUGAUGGCAUCGCCGACGACAAAGACGCAGCCAAGGAAUUCCACACCAAAAUCACGUCGCAUGCCGACAUUCUUCGUGUGUCUGGCGAUGCGCUCAUUACGUUUGACGGAAUGUCAUGCCUGGUGCCUCGUGGACGCUACACAGUGAAAGUAUACCCAGGGUUUCUCUUCCUGCAUGGCAAGUCGUACGACUUCACCGUUCCCUUUCAGUCCAUCGUGCGACUCUUCCUCUUGCCUCACAACGACAUGCGACAAAUGUACUUUGUGGUGGCUAUGGACCCUCCCAUGAGGCAGGGCCAGACGCGCUACCCUUUUCUGAUUCUCAUCCUCAACAAGGAAGAGUCGAUGGAAGCAGAGGUGGCAUUGUCAGAAGAAGAGCUGGAGAAGCAGUACCAGGGUAAGCUGACUCAGCAGAUGAAUGGGCCUAUUUACGAGGUGCUGAGCCGCGUCAUGAAGGCGGUCGCUUCAAAGAAGAUCGUCGUGCCUGGCAAUUACCGAAGUCAGCGCGGCGGGCAGUGCAUCAGCUGCAGCUACAAGGCCAACCAUGGCAUGCUAUUCCCGCUGGAGAAGGGCUUCAUCUUCGUGCACAAGCCCGCGCUGCACGUGCGCUUCGAUGAGGUGGUCGCCGUCAAUUUCUCGCUCGGCGGCACUGGAACUCAUCGGUCGUUUGACUUUGAGUUAGAAGUCAAGAAUAACAUUGUACACAUCUUCCAGAGUAUGGACAAAGAUGAGUACAGUCGCUUGUAUGACUUCUGCUCAGCCAAGAAGCUCAGGAUCCGCAAUAAGGGCGGCAAGUCGGGCAGUGCAACGUAUCGCGAUGACUUUGACGACGACGACAGUGACCAAGAUGCGUAUUUGGGGAAGGUGAAGGCGGAGGGUGCUUCCCGCAUGGACGAUACAGACUCUGGUAUGGUAGCAGCUGGGAAGCAAGCUGCUUUACUGCUGAAUUUGUGUAGAAGAAGUCUUGCUAAAUCAGCAUCAGUCUCAUAG